AAACGACUUUCGUUAUGUAGAUACUCAUAUUGUACAUACAAGUAGAUAUUAUCUACUUAACUCAUAUUGCAUUUGUGUACCCAAGCGCUAAGUUGUUUAUUACAACGCUGCACCCGACCUUUUGUUGAUGAUGCACAGAACACUCUCCUACCUUGGUAUAUCAGGGGGUUGAUGCCAACUGUUAAAGUUACACGGUUACAGUAGUGCGAGCUUAAUAGCGCACUGUAUCGAGCAAUGCCUCUUCCACAAAGCAGUAAUACCUAUUCUAUAAUCAGCUGUUAGUAUUGGUCCUUAGAAUUUAUCUAGUUACGUACGAAACUACGUUCACGGUCUCGAUGCCAGCAUUUUAUCCAAGUUCAAUUGUAACCCAUCCUCUUUCGUGAUCCGCGAACUUUUGUCUUCUGUUGCCUUUUGCCAAUCCAUUAUGACAUUACAUUUAUCAACCUAAAAAGGUUCUAGGUAUAUAAAAUGUGAGAAAUAUCAAAAUAAUUGGAAUAUUUUGCUAAAUUCUAAAUUCUUGCCUUCAUUUAUCGUUAAGAAAACAUUUAUAAUGGAUGAAACGUUAAUUAAAGAUGACCGUCCGCAUGUGUUGUCAUUUAAUGAAAUCAAACAAGCUGCGGAGAGAAUAGAAGGUGGUAUCAUUCACACACCACUUUGCGAAGCAAAGAUCAGCAAAUACAUGGACUACAACAUUUAUUUGAAAUGUGAAAACUUGCAAUACAGUGGAAGUUGCGCGGAGCGAGGCAUCCGUAACGCAAUGUUGGCGUACGGAGUGGCGGGCAGUGAGCGCGGCAUUAUUGUGCCCUCUCAUGGGAACAUGGCGCUAGGCGCUGCCUACCAGGGCAGUACUCUAGGCGUCCCGGUGACGGUGGUGUUACCGGAGCGCACUCCGCCGGCGCACGCGCAGCGCUGCUCCGAGCUCGGCGCCGAUGUCGUGCUAUGCGGGGACUCCCUCGACGACGCGAUCACAUACGCCAAGAAAGUGCACAGAGACAGCCGGCAAAUAUACAUGGAGUCUGACGAUCCUUUGGUGAUGGCCGGCCUGGGCACGUUGGGGUUGGAGAUCAUCACGCAGCUGCCCGAAGCGGACGCGGUGAUAGUCCCAGUGGGCUCCGGCGGGUUGCUGGCGAGCGUUCUCAUCGCCUGCAAGAAACUUAAGUGCUCCUGUCUAGUUUAUGGGGCGGAGUGCUCGAAGGUGCCAAAAAUGAUGAAAGCGCUGCAGGCAGGGUACCCAGUACCGGUGAACGUUGUCCCGAACCUGAGCGAAGGACUUAACACCUCUAUUGUGGGGGUUAAUGCCUUUGCCACACUCAAGGGAAGACUAGAUAGGAUGUUGUUAGUCGACGAAGUGUACAUAGCGCGAGCCAUGAUAUCGAUGUUGGAGCGCGAGCGGCUGGUGGCGGACGGCGCCGGCGUGUGCGCCAUCGCGGCUGUCAUGCAAGGCCUCGCGCCAGAGCUCCGGGGAAAACGAGCGGUGUGCAUAGUAAGCGGCGGCAACAUCGACUCGGGCCGGCUGUCGCGCACGAUCCAGCGCGGGCUGGGCUCGAGCGGGCGGCUCAUGCGUUUCGCCGUGGCCGUGCCCGACCACCGAAGUGGGUUGGAGCACCUUGCCAAGGUCAUAUCAGACCAGAACGCCGUGCUCAAGAGCCUCGUCACCGAACAGAUGUGGGUGCACAGCGAUGUUACUACCACAUGGGCUAAUGUGGUGGUGGAAACAACAAAUGAGGAUCAUGCUACGAAUUUCAAAGAAAAGGUGCGAGAUGUGUAUCCAUCUGCUAGAUUUGCAGUCGCUGACCUCGACGAAAAGCACAAAAUUUCAGUCCGAUGAAGAUUAGUCUAUUUGUCUGAGCUGUCUUUACAUAAAGUCAAUUAUUAAAAAUCUUAAGUGUAUAAGUUGCAAAGUGAAACUAAAAUUGAUGAGUGAUGUGAAUUGUAAAUGUAAAACAAGGAGUUUAAAGUAAAAACUAUGAUUUUAUGGA